UGUGUGCAGCGAGGGAGUGGCCGGACGUAUAAAAGACAGCGUCUCUUCCUUCUUUCUGCAUUUCACUCUGCUUCUCUUCCUGCAACCUGAGACAGCACCUGCACAGUCAUGUCGUGGCAGGCGUACGUAGACUCCCUGACAGGUCCUGACUCCAGCGGGAAUAAAACCAUCGAGGACGCCGCCAUCUGUGGGUUAGCAGCCGGAGCAGAGAGCAUCUGGGCCAGUUCACCAGGCCUCAGCACCAUGACGGCGGACCAGAUAAAGAAGCUGGCCGGUAACUCCAGUGCCCUGCGCGAGUGUGGUCCGUCUAUAGGGGAAAUGAAGUGCAUGCUGCUCACAGACGACUCUGAAAAUCCCAGCAGCUACUGCAUGCACCUGAAGGCCUCGAAGAACCACGGAGGCUUCAAUAUCUGCGUCGGCAAGGCCAAGACAGCUAUGGUCAUAGCUAAAGGUAAAGACGGCACCGCCGGUAACCAGGUAUCCACCCGGGUGUUCCCCAUCGUUAAAUACCUGCGAGACGCCGGCUACUGAGACCCCCCUCCAGCCUUCCUCCAAACCAGACGCCCCCCCCCCCCCUUGCCUGUCGCUGUUUGGAGCCCAUUUCAUUAUCUUAUUUCUUUUUGCUGGAGUGUCAAACACAGUUUCCCUUUACGGCCAAACUGGAGAAUGAGAAUCCCACCUCAGGCCUGACGUGUGUAGUUUAGUUUAUCGAUUUUAUUUCAUCGAGAAAGUCAAAAUAUUUCCGACUGUGUUAUUGCACAUCUCACGUGGUCUUCUCUCUUAACAGUUUGGUUGACGAAAAUGUCAAAUAUAAUGCCAAAAAAUUGUAGAAUAAAAAAAUAGAUGUUAUAAAUGUUAAAAAAAGUGACUAAAAAGUAGGGUCACUAGGGCCGGAUUUGAGUUUGACACACGAGUGCUUUAGAGUCUGCCAUCAGGGAAAUUAAACAUGUUGAGAGUUGUUUCCAUGUAACGAGUGAGUGGCAAACGUGUGUGAUUUAAACCGGACCGCGGCGAGCCAGUGUUACAUUUUUAUUUUUGUGUACAGUGGAGAGAGAGAGACGGGCCAACGGUCCAAUCAGCUCGCACUGUCCCUGGUCAACAACAUUAAUAAAGGUUUAUUACAAUAUUA